AAUGGGUGAACUUGAUAACACGACAUGGCAAAUGCUAUCCCAAAAAAAUCACGAAACCAUCACAUCAUCCGAAUUAAAUACCACCCUUAAUACUACACACAUAGUAGGCUACAGAAAGAACGCAAACUUAAUUAACAGAUUAAUGUGCACCUUUAUCCCCACCCAAGAAAACAAAUUCAUGAUCUCCGACAGCAUUGAUAUUUUUAACAGCCGAAUAUGCGAUGACAGAUCAAUAUUACGCGAAUUUAAAAACAAAACCAACCUACCAGAAACAAUUAGAAUUCAACCUGGUGUACGAGUUAUGUUUCUCACCAAUUCACAAUACCAGCACCGAAUAGCAAACGGAGCAAUCAUGAAUGUUUCAUUUUUCAGAUUCACAAGCAACUUCAAUAUAAACGGCAUACCUGCUAGUCGAACCCAAUUCCCGAUACAAAAUGCAUUUGCAUUAACAGUCCACAAAACCCAAGGGCUUACACUUCCCGAUGUAUCACUAAACCUGGACGAUCAAAUAUUCGCACCUGGCCAAGCAUAUGUAGCACUAAGCCGUUGUACCAACUGGGACCAUUUGAAAAUACAAUCACUAAACAACACUGCUUUUAUCACAGACCAAUCCAUGAUCAAAGAAUAUGAACGACUGGAACUUAAAGCCCGUGAACCAUUACCGCCAAAUAGACCAACAUAA